CGUUGAGUAAAUACCACAUUACAUAUCAACAUUCAACAAGCUAAAGUUCAAAUACAAUACCUGUUUAUCCAGGGACAGAGCCAUAAAUUUCUUCCAGUGCGACGAAGAACGCAAUUGAGCCAGAAAUUUUUUUCAGUGAACGAAGUGAAGACAGAAGAAAUGGAAGGAUUGAUCCCAUAUCUUCUCCACGCCAUCAAGAAGCAAAGGCCAAAUCACCAUAGCUUCCGGUGCCUCUCCGACGCCUCUAACCGGAGCUACCACUUGCUCAUCGGAGCUGACUCCGCCGCCGCCGACGGCUCUUCUCAUCACGGGAGAAGGCUGCAGCCUCCGGCCGCUCUCGACCAUUUCUCCGAUCAACGCUCUCCCCGUGUGAACUAUCUUGCCAACGGUGGUGGUUCGAUGAUGUCUCCCGUCGCUUCUAAAACUGCCGUUACUAGUGGAUAUCAAGCUUCGUUUUCAAUGGCCGGCACCGUCACUCACCGGCGAUGAAAAUCCGGCCGGCAAUAUUCAUUAACGUUCUAAAGCUUAUUAAUGUUCCUUUAUUUGUUUUAAGUGUAGAUACACAGUACAUGUUUCUUUCAAUUAUAAGUUGUAAUGUGAUUUGCUUUGUAAUUGUACUAUAUUUUUUUCAUAUUUUGUUAAUCUCUUUCAUCAUGUUCAGCCCAAGAUCUACCAAAACUUUGAUUGAAUUACACAAUUUUAGAUAGUUUAAUAAUUCAAUUGUAUUGUGUAGGGAAUAACUAUGGUGAUAUAUAAGUGUUCCAUUGUUUAA